UAUUUUUCACCCAUCUAUAUGUUUUAAUUUUGCAAGCAACAAAACCACAAGCCCUACCAGUUUUAUACAACAAGCAGAACAUCAAGAAAUUGUAAACAACAAAAAUGGCGAUGACACUAAUUCCCAGUGACACAUUCAAGGUUGGAUUUAUUGGAGCUGGACAAAUGGCGGAAAGCAUCGCUAAAGGUGUUGUUAACUCUGGCAUUUUGUCUCCUUCCCGUAUCCGAACCGCUCACCUCAAUCCCCAACGCCGCGAAGUUUUUCAAUCGUUCGGCGUUUCCGUUUCUGAUCAAAAUCAUCAGGUUGUGGAAGAUUGUGACGUGGUUAUUUUCUCAGUAAAACCUCAAAUUGUCAAGGAUGUGGUAUUACAGUUGAGACCAAAGUUUUCGGAAAAGCAGUUACUGGUAUCGGUUGUUGCUGGGACAAAAUUGAAGGACUUAAAGGAAUGGUCCGGGCAGAAUCGUUUUAUCAGGGUGAUGCCUAAUACGCCUGCUGCUGUUGGAACAGCUGCUUCAGUGAUAAGUGUUGGGGGAGGUACUGCAACUGAAGAAGAUAUUGAACUUAUAGCGAGAUUAUUUGGAUCUAUUGGCAAGGUCUGGAAAGCAGAAGAGAAGUUAUUUGAUGCAAUUACUGGUCUUAGUGGAAGUGGGCCAGCAUAUAUAUUUCUGGCCAUUGAAGCCUUGGCCGAUGGAGGAGUUGCUGCAGGUCUGCCACGAGAACUGGCCAAGGGUUUAGCUACUCAAACUGCUAUGCUUUACAGGUUCUUGGAGCAGCAACGAUGGUGGCAAACAGUGGGAAGCAUCCUGCUAAACUCAAAGAUGAUGUUGCAUCACCUGGAGGCACAACAAUUGCCGGCAUUCAUGAAUUGGAAAAAGGUGGAUUUCGAGGCACCUUGAUUAAUGCUGUUGUGGCAGCUGCAAAGCGUGGCAGAGAACUUUCUCAGGGCUAACUUUAUCGAGGAACAUCUAUUAUAAUUUGUUAGCAGCAGGUAGUCGAUGAUCGAUCCAAACUCGUAAGGCCUUUAUUGAAAUGUUGUAUAGUUAGAUGCUACAUGAUGCAAGUGUAUCCAUUGUUUUUGGGGGAAUGCAAGGAAUUUUGUACACCUCCAGGCUCCAGCAGAUGUCUAGUUAUGCAAAACAUUAGCAAAUUUUCUUUUCCUUUACAUAUAAAGAUGGUAAUUUAUGGAUAUGGAUACAUGGAUAAUAAUGCUAA